UCUGAAAUCGAGAAAGGACAAAUUUGAGCAAACGAUUUAACUGUUUUCUGAGUAGUAAACUCGAUUUUUAUAACGGAAAUGCGGCAUGCAAACGACUAACGACUACUGAUACUGCGAGGAUGUUUGAACAUUUUUCCCCACUCGGAUUUGAUGUCUGAUCUGAUUUUGAAAUGUACAACUAAUCAAGACUGCAAUCGACUGUAUAUCUCAUACAGUUCCGUGUAGAGUACAUACUUCCUUCCCUCCUUUAUUAUUAUAAUUUUCUGUCCCGAACCGAUUCUUUGCAAUAUAUACGCGCAAGAUGAAAUACAAAUCCUUUAUCACACCUUAUAACGAACAACAGUAACCGACCCCACAAAACAGAAACAACAUGGGGUCCGUCCAUUGGAAAUGGAUUAUUAACUUCACCAACAGUGCGAUAGGUCAUUAUAAUCGAUAAAACAACUUAAAAAUGCCACUUAAGUGACCCAAUGUCCCGGCCGGGUAUAAAAGCUGAAUAAACUGUUGCAAAAUUUUCAUUGAGUCAACCGCAACGCGUGGAAAACUAACAAACAUAAAAGUUACAUCCAUCGCUUUGAAAGCUGUUAGUGGUUACAGAGGAUUUUAUUUUCUUUGAAAACGUCUGGUUGUGGUGAUGUAUUAACGUUUGCGAAAUAAUUCGUUUGACUAUUCGAAGUAAAAUUCAAUAAGCAAGAUGAAAUUGUUAAAAGUUUUGGUGACCCUAGCCUUGGUUCUGCUAACAGAAAUAUGUGUGGUGCAUUCACAGCAGCGCGGUGACGAAAUUUGUGAAACAUUACCAUCUCAAAUUCAUUUAAUUAAAGAGGAAUACGACGAAUUGGGUCGACUGCAGCGAACAUGUAAUGGAGAAGUGCAAGUGAAUAAAUGUGAAGGAUUGUGUAAUAGUCAAGUUCAGCCAUCAGUUAUCACACCGACAGGAUUCUUAAAGGAAUGCUACUGCUGUCGAGAAACAUUCCUACGCGAACGUUUAGUAACUUUGACACACUGUUAUGAUCCAGAUGGUGCACGUCUUACCGGUGCUGAUGUUGCAACAAUGGAUAUCCGACUAAGAGAACCAGCCGAAUGCCGAUGCUUCAAAUGUGGCGACUUUUCACGAUAAUUUUAAAAUUGUACGAUAAAAAUGAUUUAAUAAAUUAAA